CCGACACGUGUGGUGACUGACUCGUGAGUGUUGAUGGGGAGGCGGUGUAUUAGGUGUGGUAAAUGUGGACUGCCAGACACCAUGGGGAAGAACAAGACAGCUGCCAAGACCUCCAAGAAAAACCCAAUAUACAAGAAGGCCGGUGCUGGUGCUGCCCUCAAGACUAAGAGCAAGGCAAAGCAGGUCAAGACUAACUUGAAGAAGCUGAAGAUCAACAACAAGGAGGAGAUUACGGCACUGGACCAAAGGCUCGGGACAUUCCGGGAAGCUCUGCAGAACAAGGCCAAGGAAACAAAGAGAGACGAGGCUGUCAGACCAAGGGACGCAGAGCCAAGCGUCGUGGACAUGGAGGAGACGGCCGAGGGUUUAUCAAGGCUGACAUCAACAUGACGCUAAAAAGAUGUUAGAGCAGUCCAUUCUGGCCCACCACAAGCGAUGCCGUGUGUGAGAGAAUGGAGUCCUGGAGGGAGGAGAUCCGUUCUGCCUCAGGGGGAGAAUCUGCAGCCUCCUCAGCCAUCUCCUCCUCCUCCUCCUCCUCCUCCUCUUCUUCCUCUUCCUC